AGAUGAGAUGAUCCCAAUUAUAUCCACACAACCAAUCAAAUGUAUAUUCAUUUAUGAGGUAACUACGUCAUAUUACAAUUAGUACUAUUUUUGCAGAAACAUUUGAUGGUUUAUUAAUUAUUGUAAAACACAUCUGUUGCAGUUACAUCGCAUCUGACAUACAGCGCCUUUUCAUCGGUGUUUUGAUGCAUAGGAAGUGUUCAAUUGGAGGUAUUCAAUGGAAAAUACAGACAUACAAUAGCAACACGUAUGUACAGAAUUAAUAAAAAAUAAUGUCAAUAACUGAAGAAUACGAAUAGGAGAAUAACUCUCAGGAUAUAAUUGAAUUCACCGUAUUACAGAAUAAAAUCUGUUAUUUUAUUGUUGAUUUCUGCUCUCAUUAUUAUUAUUGCUACAACCCGAUUCAUUUUUUUUUUUUAACCAAUGGUGGAUGGAAUAUAAGCCACGUUGUCGACACUUUUCAUUUCUCUCAAAAACACUGCGUCUAUUUCCAAAAAAAAGAAAAAAGCGAGGGUACGCAAAAAAAUGGAUUACAUUGUAUUUAAACACGUAACUUGAUAGAAGAAACUUCAACGUACAAACCUAAACGAUGAAACGUUAUAAUAGUUUAUAUAAAAUACGGUGACGUAGCUGCUCUGCGCUCGUUACGUCAUCGACAAGCGACUAUCGUUGUGUUUUGCUUCGCUCUAACGUGGUCUGCAACUUGGAGCUGACAGCCCUGUAAUAUACCCUAUAGUGUCCGUUCAAACUCACCCGAUUCAAUAUAUUUAUGCGAAAGACUCGGAUCAGAAUCUUCUGAUUUAGAGUUAUUUCCGCAAAAGGCCAGAAUCUCGAAGCAGCUAUGUUUCUUGAAGAAGAAGACUGGAACGACGAUCCAGAGGCUCAGGACUUGAGCAAAACGGUUCUUAAAAACUCUCGAAAUACAAACAACAGCGGAGAAAUCAAGUCAAAGAAUGUUGGAAAGAAGAGCCUGCUGCGGACCCUGAAGACCCUCGGAUCAGUGCCAGAAUGGAAGAGCGACAGCCAGCAGGUCGAUGGUGACAGCGACUUUGAGACAUCACCCGGCAAGAAGAAGAGAAAGAAGAAGAACAACAAGAAAAGAAGAAAAAGAGGCAAGAAAGCAGAAGGAGGAGACGAGCAGGAGGGUGAAACAGUUGAGGCUCAGGCUUGUGAGGAGAAAAUCCCAACUAAGAAGAGAGAGAAGGAAAAGCCAGCCCCUAAAAAAGCAAAACCCACAUCUGACACAGUGGAGAAAAACAAACCUCCCAGUUCUGAGAAAGCAGGAGAACAGACAGACAAGCUGAACAGAAAACAGUGGAAAAACAAGAUGAAGAACAAAAGGAAAUGUAAAAACAAAUUCCGCCCCAACCAGCCAGAUGAGAACAAUUCGGAGUCAGCAGAUAAACAAAAACAAAAGGUUGACGUUCCGAAAGAUUGCAACAAGGAGGCGGUUGAAAGCACGCAGCUGAAGCUGAAACCACAGAAAAGGAAACAGUCGGAGUCAUUUGAAGCAGAUGUGAAAAAGAAAAUCAGAGUUGAAGACUCUGAUGGAUUCAUUAAUGGAACCAAACAGGAAGCUGUCAAUGAGCCAAAGACGCAAAUUCCUUCUCCAAAGUCCAAACUAAGCAGAGAACAGAUUCGUAAAAAAGAUCAUCUUAGGAAGCUGUUGCAGCGUCCAGAGGGAGUUCAAGAGAAAGCUGCAGAGAAAGAGCAGGCAGCCGAGCUGGAGGAGCGAGAGCAGGCUCCGCCGGACGCCUCGACCUCGCUGCGCUCACGCAUGGAGCAGCGCCUGGACUCGGCUCGGUUCCGCUACAUCAACGAGGUUCUGUACAGCACCUGCAGCGGCGCAGCCAAACGCAUGUUCCAGCAGGAUCCAGAGGCCUUCUGGGUUUAUCACCGCGGGUACACCACCCAGGUGGAGAAGUGGCCAGUCAACCCGGUGGAUCCCAUCAUCGCCUACAUCCGCAAGAGAUCAGCCUCUCUGGUGGUCGCUGACUUCGGCUGUGGCGAUUGUAAAAUCGCACGCAGCGUGAAGAACAAAGUUCACUGUUUCGACUUGGUGUCCACGUGUAAACUCGUCACCGUCUGUGAUAUGGCAAAGGUGCCACUUAAAGACAGCUCAGUGGACAUUGCUGUCUUCUGUCUCUCCCUCAUGGGGACCAACCUUGCAGAUUUCCUCGCUGAAGCCAACAGAGUCUUGAAAAGGGGCGGGGUGCUGAAAAUAGCUGAGGUGGCCAGCAGGUUCGACGGACUUCGGAGCUUCCUGACGGCAUUGACCAACCUGGGAUUCAGUCUGGUGUCCAAGGACACAGGGAACACUCAUUUUUACUCCUUUGAAUUCACGAAGAAAAGUGAUGCGCCUGAGCAGAUCAAAAAAUUUGGACUUCAGCUGAAAGCCUGUUUGUACAAGAAAAGAUGAAUAAAUGUUUUUUAUUUGUUCCGAA